CCAGCAGCGAGUUUGGCAGUAUAUAUGGACAGGUCGACGCGCCCUGCUGUAGGCAGGUCUACACAAGAGGUGUUCCAAACCAACCAGCGUUAAGGUACCGUCGCAGACAUGCACCAUAUGUGCCCUGUGAAUGCAUCGGGCCUCCAAAGCUGCCCUGUGGGGUCCGGGGCGUUCGGAAUGCUCUUCACCGGCAUGGUGACCUCCGUGCUGCAGUCGGCGUGGAAUCUCACGAAUGAACCGCUGACCUAUCCUCGGGAGCCGAAGUUGCCCAUCACCACAGACUACGACUUCAUCAUCAUAGGUGCUGGCUCUGCCGGGUCAGUUAUGGCUAGUCGACUGUCAGAGGUCACUGGCUGGAAUGUGCUCCUUCUCGAAGCUGGUGGUGAUCCCUCAAUCACAACGGAGGUACCAGCGCUACAGAAUAGAGCGGAGCGUACUUAUGAAGACUGGCAGUUCGUCACAGAGGAGCAACAACAGGCCUGUUUCGGGUUUGAGCAUCCUGGGAGGUGCCUCUGGCCUAGAGGGAAGAUGGUGGGUGGUUCCAGCAACCUCUACGGCUUGGUCUACGUGCGAGGCAAUAAAUGUGACUACGAUGGCUGGGCGCGACAGGGUCUCACCGACUGGAGCUACGACAACGUGCUGCCAUACUUCAAGAAAUCGGAGGACCUACGUUCGGAUUUAAUAGCAUCAGAACCAGACGUCCACAAAUACCACGGCUUUGGAGGCUACUACACUGUCAGCCAAAUAAAGGCCAACUUGAGCGUCUAUGAAACAAUGAAGGAAGCUGUCAGAGAGACAGGCCACGAAUUCGUUGUCGACCUUGUCGCGGACAAAUUCCUCGUUUUCUCAGAGUCUUUGGGGGACAUAAGAGAUGGCGAAAGGUGCAGCAAUGCGAAGGCUUUUCUGAGUCCGGCGGGGCGCAGGUCAAAUCUACAUCUGCUGAGGCACGCUUUCGUAACGAAAAUUCUUAUCGAUCCGGAUAGCAAAAGGGCGUAUGGAGUUGAAUUUAUGCAUGGCGGCGAGAAAAUGACUGCUAACGUUACAAAGGAGGUCAUCCUGUCUGCAGGGACUGUGCAGUCUCCACAGUUUCUGAUGUUGUCUGGAGUGGGCCCUGAAGAUGAACUAAAAUCCUUGGGUAUAACAACGAUUGUAGCGAAUGAUAAUGUCGGAGCUAAUCUACAGGAUCAUUUCAAGUCACCAAUUGUCACAUUCUGCAUAAAUAACGAGAAGUACCGCAGAGAUCAGUCGGAGUUAACCAGUGACGACAAAACUUACCAGUACCUUAAAGGAAGAACGGGUCCGCUUGCAACUCUGUCUUGUAACAAUUUCUUAGGUUUCAUCAGGACAAAUUCUACGCCAGACGAGUACUGUCCAGAAGGAUACCCAGACAUCGAGAUGCAACUGUCCUGUGUGAACAAAACGGACGACGGUGGACGUCAGGCCUUCCUGGAUAAAGCAGGCUUCGGAGAAGACGCCAGGCGCGGAUACAACGAGAUAUUCGACAGCUGUGACAUGACUAUGGUUCCGUACAUGACGCUACUACACCCGCGAAGCGUCGGUAAAAUCUCUCUGAACAGCUCUGAUCCGCGUGACCCACCCAAAAUCGACCCGCAAUAUUUGACCAGAGAUGAAGACAUUCAGGCGUUCCUGGGCGGUGACGAAUACGCCAUAAAGUUUGGCAACACUGAAGCUAUGAAGAACAUUGGAACCGAGGUAAAAAUUGUUACCCUGGAGGCAUGCUCAGAGUACGAGAAGACAAGCAAAGAGUAUUGGGAGUGUGGAGUAAGACAAGUGGGCUACACCAUAUACCACCCCGUGGGUACCUGCAAGAUGGGAGUCUCUAACGAAAGUACGGCCGUUGUCGACCCAACGCUCAAGGUCCUGGGCGUGGAAGGCCUUCGUGUUGUGGACGCGUCGGUGAUUCCCAGCACCAUAAGCGGCAACAUCCACGCCGCUGUCACGAUGGUCGCCGAGAAGGCUGCCGACUACGUGAAGAGCGACUGGAACGGCCAGCAGAGCUCGAGCACCGCUAGCCCGCCGCGGAGUCGGCAGGGAAGAAUUCAGCAGAAUCGCCAGCGGAAACGACUGGGGAAACAACAGGGAAAGAGGCAGGGAAAGCACCGGGGGAAUCGAAUUUGACUUCUUCCAUCAACAGAGACGUUGGGGCGUUGCUCAGCAUCGGUCUGACAUAACUUAGCUAUUACUGUAAUGGGAACAGCGAAAAUAAAAACUUUUCAACAUA